CGGUGGCGGCGGCGGUAGCGAGAGGCCGUAGCGGGCCCAGAGCAGCCGAGCAGAGCCGGAACGGGAUCCCGGGGGCUGGGCUGCGCCAGGCCAGGCCGAGAUGCCCUAUAAACUGAAGAAGGAGAAGGAGCCUCCCAAGUCUGCUAAAGGGACUGCCAAGUCUAACAGCGGAGGGAAGGAUGGUGGUGGGGAAGGCACCGAGGAGGCCCAGCCUCAGCCACCACCCCAGCCCCAGUCACAGUCACAGUCACAGCCCCAGUCUCAGCCUCAAACACCAUCAUCCAACAAGCGCCCAAGCAACAGCACACCACCCCCUACCCAACUCAGCAAAAUCAAGUAUUCAGGGGGCCCCCAGAUUGUCAAGAAGGAGCGUCGGCAGAGCUCUUCCCGGCUAAACCUCAGCAAAAACCGUGAACUACAGAAGCUCCCUGCCUUGAAAGACUCCCCUACUCCAGAGCGAGAGGAGCUCUUCAUCCAGAAGCUGCGUCAGUGCUGUGUGCUCUUUGACUUUGUGGCUGACCCCCUGAGUGACCUCAAGUUUAAGGAAGUGAAGCGGGCAGGACUCAAUGAAAUGGUAGAAUACAUCACACACAGCAGAGAUGUAGUCACUGAGGCUAUUUACCCAGAGGCUGUUAUCAUGUUUUCAGUGAACUUGUUUCGGACGUUGCCACCAUCAUCCAACCCCACGGGGGCUGAAUUUGAUCCUGAGGAGGAUGAGCCCACCCUGGAAGCUGCCUGGCCCCAUCUUCAGCUGGUCUAUGAAUUCUUCUUACGUUUCCUGGAGUCUCCUGAUUUUCAGCCAAAUGUGGCCAAGAAGUACAUUGACCAGAAGUUUGUCCUUGCUCUCCUAGACCUGUUUGACAGUGAGGACCCCCGGGAACGGGACUUUCUCAAAACCAUCCUGCAUCGAAUCUAUGGCAAGUUCCUAGGGCUUCGAGCUUAUAUCCGCCGGCAGAUCAACCACAUUUUCUACAGGUUUAUUUAUGAGACAGAGCAUCACAAUGGAAUUGCUGAGCUGCUUGAAAUUCUGGGAAGCAUCAUUAAUGGCUUUGCCCUGCCCCUCAAGGAGGAGCACAAAAUGUUCCUCAUCCGAGUCCUGCUGCCCCUACAUAAGGUCAAGUCUCUGAGUGUCUACCACCCUCAGCUGGCAUACUGUGUGGUGCAAUUCCUGGAGAAGGAGAGCAGCUUGACUGAGCCGGUGAUUGUAGGGCUCCUCAAGUUCUGGCCUAAGACUCACAGCCCUAAGGAGGUGAUGUUUCUGAAUGAACUGGAGGAGAUCCUGGAUGUCAUUGAGCCCUCCGAGUUCAGCAAAGUGAUGGAGCCACUCUUCCGGCAGCUUGCCAAAUGUGUUUCCAGCCCCCACUUCCAGGUUGCAGAGCGUGCCCUCUAUUACUGGAACAAUGAGUACAUCAUGAGCUUGAUUAGUGACAACGCUGCCCGCCUCCUGCCUAUCAUGUUCCCUGCACUCUACAGGAACUCCAAGAGCCACUGGAACAAGACUAUCCAUGGGUUGAUCUACAAUGCCUUGAAACUGUUCAUGGAAAUGAAUCAGAAGCUGUUUGAUGACUGUACACAGCAGUAUAAGGCUGAGAAGCAAAAGGGCCGGUUUCGGCUAAAGGAAAGAGAAGAGAUGUGGCACAAGAUUGAGGAACUUGCCCGGCUCAACCCCCAAUACCCCAUGUUUCGAGCACCUCCCCCUCUUCCCCCUGUGUAUUCAAUGGAGACAGAGACCCCUACAACUGAGGACAUCCAGCUCCUGAAGAGGACGGUAGAGACAGAAGCAGUGCAGAUGCUAAAGGAUAUCAAAAAGGAAAAGGUGCUGCUAAGGAGGAAAUCAGAAUUGCCCCAGGACGUGUACACUAUCAAAGCACUGGAGGCUCACAAGAGGGCUGAGGAGUUCUUGACAGCCAGCGAAGAGGCACUCUGACUUAUCUCCUCUCCCUCAUCCAGGGCCACUGCCCAUUCACCCCUGGGACAUUGCUCUGGCCCUUCAGCCCCUGACCCCCAGAAGACCUGGGGUAGAAUGGGGUAUACACCUCCAGCUCCCUAAAAACAGAACACUUGGGUCAAAGACUCUCACUGUGGCCUGGCUUCCCUGUGACUAGUGUAGACAUGCCCUGGAGAUGCCAAUUGCUCAUAGCUAAGGACACCCCCUGCGUUGACUUUCUAAUUGACCCUCUCCUUUCCUGUUUUCCAGCCUCCCAGGGUGUUUGGGGCAAAUGUUGAGAAUCUCUUUAAACACUCUUUAUUCCCACCUUUUUCCAUUCUCACUUGAGUUAUGGGUCUCUGUCCUACAUCCCAUUCUCAAAGGGACCUAUAGAGAUCAGCUGAAAGAUAUACUCAUCUCAUCAUUGCUUCCAGCCUCAUUGAGGGCCAGGAUGGAGUGUCCUGGUUUUGAGGAUUGGAGGCUAAUGAGGCAGAGCAAGUGAAGAAAGGCUGGCUUCUAAGCACCAGGCCUAUCAGGCACUCACCCCUGCCCAAUACAUCUCCCAAGCAGGCAGCAGUGAAGCCCUCUGCACAUUUUGUCCCUUCUUGAUUCAGAAUGUGGGGGAGGGAAGAAGACAUACAUAAAGGCUGGGUAAUAACUCCAUGUGGGGAAUGAGGCCUCAGGGGGACCAAAGGGUGGGAGAGAAGGAGGGUAUAAGGAAACAUCAUCAUCUAUCUGUCCUUUCUCAAAGCAGCAGUCCAGGGAUCACAACACUAAAAGGGACCACCCUAGGCCUGCUUGAUUCUUCAUCCUGCAAGGCCCUAAAAUGGGUGGGAAAGAAGGGUAGCACCUUAAGUUCUUUAACCCAGCUUAAGCUGUCCAAACAUCUAUUUAUUUCUCUGUACCCAAGGCCAGACCCAUACCUGCCUCUCAAGGCACCACUGGGGGAAUGGGGGCCCUGGGGCACAGAUGGCGCUGCUCUUGGCUGUGUACAUAGGGUGCUUUAUUCUCUGCAAAGUGUUACAUGCUAAGGUGGGCUGGGCUUGGGCAGAUGUCCCCAUAUGUACAGAAUUGAAUAAAGUGGGUCUCUGGAGAGAA